AUGCGCCAUGCACAAUCUGUUUCAGUAACUCGCACUCCGCCACCGCUGCCUGAGGCUUUCCCAGAGCCUUCCGAAGAGCCAGAACCGCUGCAGACACAAAUGAUUCGUAGCUUGUCGAAUUCGAUGUCGAGUUUGCUAAGCGUCGACACCGAGGACAACGAUAACAUGUCGUCGACGUCACCCUCGGUAUCCCUGACCAAGCCAGCGCCAGUUCGUGUUCAUCCGAUCAAGUCGACGCCAUUGAUACAGAGGAAUCCUAUUACGCCGAUAUCGUCAACGAGUCAGAUAAGAGCGAAUUUACAAGCGACUAAAAAUUCGAAAAACCUGGCUCCGGUGCCGCCGCUACGACAAAACCUCUCGGCCUCGACGACGAAUCUAUCGACGGCCGGAACAAAGCGUGGCAGCGUAAGCGGCUCGUUGAUGCCGCCACCAAAGCCCCUGGGACCUCAGCGAUCCAACACCACGUUGACACCGAGGAACGCUCCCAUGGCCGCCGUCUCGCCGGUUAUGGACGACGGUAAGCUGAAAAACAGGGCCAACAGUCCGGAUUACCCGAAGCACUUGCUCAAGCGGCAGACUAGCAAGGACAACGGCGAGCAGGGCUACGAGAGCGAUUAUCCCGUCAAAAUUCACAAUUUGAAGCACAGUCCCUCGGAUCCGCAGCUAAACAGGCCGAACACGGCGCGCUCGAUCGGACGUAAUUUCGUGGCGUCGACCCCACUGUCGGCCCGUAAUCAUCACAAUAGCAAUAAUGGGCCCGCGUUGGCGCGAAGGCCACCCAACAAGGCUCAAGUCGCACCUAAUCCAAAAACUGAAAUUCGGGUGGCUCAGCUCAAACCUUCCGUGCAAGAGACGCAAGAGAAAGAAAUCGAGCUCAUAUCGAUGACAGCCGACAAGCCCUACGGCCUCGACGUAGACUCGUUCCUACCGAAAAAUUAUUCCGGCCAGACAUCGCUGGAGUACGCGCAGAUGGGAGUGUUUGCCGAGAUGUCGGAGGCUGAAGUAUUGAACACAAUGAUGCGUGGCCACGAUUCGAUGAUGGCCGUGCUCACUAGUCGUCAUCGAUCGCUCCAGAUCAUCUUUUCGCUGUCGCAGAGCAAAGACAUGAAGUCGGCUGUGGACUCGGCAGUCGCGAUGAACGACCUUUCCGUGGUUGUCGAUCUCUUGGGAGUUCUUGUGCUGAAGCCUGCGAUGUGGAAUCUAGACUUCUGCAACAUCUUGCUCGCUCCUAUCUGCGACCUUCUACAAAGCAAGUACGAAAUGUAAGUAAACUCUUUUAUUGUUCCAU